CACGUGUCGUUCCAGUAGGUUAUAAGCUGCGCGGGCUAGGAGCUGAUAGGACACGUUGCAGUCUGGUGCGUUCUCUGCGAUGGCGAAACUCGGCGAGUUGUUCAGGUCAACGGAAGAACAGGUCACCCCGGUCGAGGCUGUUGUUACAGGACAGAUCCCAGAAUGGCUGAAAGGAUGUUUCUUGCGUCUGGGACCGGGGAAAUUCGACAUUGGCGAUUUCGUAAUGAACCAUUGGUUCGAUGGAUAUGCAGUGCUCUACAAGUUCGACAUCCAGAAAGGAAAAGUGACGUUUACAAAGCGUUUCCUGCAGUCCGAUGCAUACAAGAAGGCGGUGGCUGUGGGCCGCCCCGUAUUCACAGAAUUCGGCACCAAGUCGUACCCCGACCCAUGCAAAAACAUCUUCUCCCGCAUGAUGUCGUCCCUGGUCCCUGAACUGACAGACAACGGCGCCAUCAACGUCUUCACGAUGGAAGACGCCGUGUACGUCGCCUCGGAAACCAACUUCCUGCGACGUGUCGACGUGGAGUCGCUGGCGACGAUGGAGAAGGUUGACAUGACGAAACUGGUGGGGGUGAACCUCGCGAGCUCCCACACAUACCAGGACUCACGGGGUCUGUACUACAGCAUGGGGACCUCUCUCCUGUCAGGGCCAAAGUACCACAUUAUCAGGACCGCGGCAGCACCAUCAGGAAAGGCGCAGGACGCACUAAGCAAGGCAGCCAUCUUGACUACGAUUCCUUCUAGCUGGACGACAAAUAUGUGCUACUACCACAGCUUUGGUAUGUCGGAGAACUAUAUUGUCUUCAUAGAGCAGCCGUUAAUAAUCAGUUCCAUGAAGCUGGUGACGAGCCAAGUGAAGGGCAAGUGCCUCAGAGACUGCAUGACGUGGAACCCUCAGGAGCUGAACAAAUUCUACGUGAUAGAGAAGUCGACAGGAAAAAUUCUUCCAGUCAAGUAUAAAUCCAAAAAUGCUUUCUUCCUUUUCCACCACAUCAACACGUACGAAGAGAACGACCAGUUGGUGGUCGAUGUUGUGGCGUUUGACAGCCCAGACAUCAUUGACAAACUGUUCCUGAAGAAGGUGCGCAACAACGAGAUGGAUCCCAAAGAUCCUGGGUGUGGGAAUAGGUUUGUGCUGCCAUUACCGAAAGAUAAAAUGGAGUUCCCGAGCGGUACAAAUCUUGUGACUCUCAAAACGAAGGCAAAAGCUGAAAGAGUUGGAGACGUAAUUGAACUGACUCCACAGAUUCUCUCUGACCCUGGCUAUGACCUGCCAGUUGUUAGCAACAAUGUCUUUGGGAAGAAGUACCGCUACUAUUAUUGUUCCGGGAUGUAUGACCCAGGACCAUUUUCAAACUCGCUCAUAAAAGUGGAUGUCGAGACAGGAGACGCGAAGACGUGGAAGGAGAGCGAGUAUAUGUACCCAGGUGAAGUUCAGUUUGUGCCUUGCCCCGGAUCUUCUUCCGAGGAUGACGGCAUCUUGCUGGCCGCUGUCACCGAUGUCAGGAAAGGUGAACCUGACUUCCUGCUGGUCCUCGAUGCAAAGAACUUGACAGAAGUGGCGCGAGCAGAGGUCACGGUCCACAUUCCCAACGUGAUUCACGGCCUGUUCCUCCCAAGCUCAUAGCAGCUGCUGCGUUGGGCACAGUUCGUAAUGAUGGUCUCUACAAUUUCCCAGGUAAAACAGAACCCUGCAUUGUUUUUGUGCUGAUUGCAAAUUAUUUGUUCAUGAAUCACAAUGUUUCAGCUGUCUUUGUGAAUAGAUGUGUAAUAAUGGACCAUUUCCUGUAUUUUUUUUUUAAUCUUUACUCUGUACAUAGUGUUACAGGAUAAUGUACGCUUGUAGCAAGAUGUCUGUGUUCUUUAUUGACGAUUUCAAAUUCACAUCUUGGUGGUGAGCCGGCUGAGGUACACUGGAGGGAGAAGACUGCCAAGUGAUACCAUAUUCAGCGUCUUGCUUCCCCUUGCCCUUUCCAUCUUUUGUUCAUGUUGUUCUGUGACAUGGCUCAGUCCUGAAGGUAUUUUGUGUCCGGUCUGUGUGGCUGCACCAUCUGGCGUGCGCACGAUAGAAAACCAGUCUCUAAGCGUGAAUCUGGUUUCAUUGUGACAGGCCCAGCAGGAUUUGCCUUAUGAAUUCACUUGUUUUGGUGCUUGGGUUUUGCUGCUGUAUUUCUUUGUUUCAGAACUGUUCUUUUAUUUUUGGCACUGGUUUAAUUUGCAUAGUUUCCUUCGUCAUCGCAGUUUCUCCAAAUUUAAACAUUUCUUCAUUAGUUGCUGAACUUGAUUUCCCAGGAAUUUAAGUUAUAAUGUGACUUGAUUUAUUUAGGGGUACAAUUAUUUAUUUGUGGAACUGAGAGGUGGACUUUUGUUUCUUCGCUCUUUUUCAUACUUAAUGCGCCAGGACAUUUCAUAUUAAAAUAAGUUGUAUGAAUCGUGCUUAAGAGAACAAAACAUAAUGACUAAAUGGCACUUUUUUCCUAGUGUUCUUGUAGCAUCAAGAUACAGUGAUUUUGUAUGUUGUAGAGAAGGGUAAAUAUUUGUAUUGUAAUUGAUAAUGGUUUCUGUGAUAAUCACUUUCCUGAAUUACUCUACUCUAAUGAUACGCAUUUUCUUUGUAAAAGAAACUUCCAUUUUGCUUACACACAUAAUCAUUCCUGGUGUGUAAAUGCUUGUGGAAAAACUGUUUAAAAUGUGAAAUAAUGAUGAAAAUUUUGGAAUAUAGGGUAUGUAGUGAACAUAGUGAACAAAAGUAUUCACAAACUUCUAAAGGAAGCACUUGAACGAUUAAAGUUUCUGUGAAAAACUGGAUUUUGGAAACUAACCUAAAAGAAUAUAUGUGUAUGUACAUAAAAAUUAAUUUGUGCCUUGUCCACACACUCAAUGUACUUAAAAUUUGACUUCCAAAGUCAUACAUUUGGUAUACUGAUGUUAAAGAAAGUUGAUAGUUUCUGUGCA